UUCGUUUAGAAAAGGAAUAUGUAUUUUCUUUCUGCAAGAUGAGAAUAUUUAUGUAUCACAUGAUAACAAGUUGAUUGUAUUGGCAGAAAAUUUUAACGUGCAUCGGUUCUCUCAUCACAACUUCAUCCCUAUAAACGUGUAACGGUGUGAGCCUUCUCAAUAGAGGAUGGAAGCAAGCAGAGGACAAAAUGGAAUUCAACUGUUGUUGGCUGCAGAGCAGGAAGCUCAACACAUUGUCAAUGCAGCCAAAAAUGCCAAGAUGGCUAGACUGAGACAAGCAAAGGAAGAGGCUGAAAGGGAGAUUGCUGAGUUUCGUGCACAAAUGGAAGCCGAUUUCCAGCGAAAACUUGCAGAGAGUAGUGGAGACUCGGGUGCUAAUGUGAAGCGUCUCGAGGAAGAAACUGAAGCUAAAAUUGACGAGCUGAAGAAGCAAUCGUCCAAUAUAUCUCCUGAUAUUGUUCAGAUGCUGCUCAAGUAUGUCACAACUGUGAAGAACUGAGAGUCCUCUUUUGUUUAGAUGGUUUUAGUAUGUUUGGUGAAACACUUGUGACACAUUGAGAUGGUUGGUUCUAUUUUGUAAUUCAUUUUAUUUGUAUUCCUCCAUCAUUUUGUAAUAUGGUGGGUUAUAUACUAUCUAUUAUUGAACAGAUGAUAAUCUAUUAUUUAAAAUAAAUGCCUGAAAUUGAGAUAAUGUAUUCUUCUCACAUUUACAUAGUUCCUUGGUAAUUUCCAUCACUCCGCUGUACUAAUGAUUCUGGAUACUCCAAUUGGCUACUUCUGUUUGUGUUUGGAAAAUGACA